ACAGACAAACCUUCGAAGCUGUGCGUGCAGUAUUUGGCGUAGUGGAAGUUGAAUUUUAUAUAACUCAAUACGAAAAUGGCUGAAGAAGAAGCAAAACGCAUAGUUUUACUACCUGUAGAUGAUAGUAAACAUGCAAUGGAUGCUUUUGACUGGUAUGUGAAAAACAUUCGCCAUGACAAUGAUAAGUUGGUAAUUGUACAUUGCCAUGAAAUUCAUCAUAGCGUCACUCCUCAUGCAAUGGACACACCAGAAUGGUCCAAUCAUGUAGGAGCUCAAGAGGAAAAAAUCAAGGCCCUUGAAAAAAAAUACAAAGACAAACUGGAAGCAACUCAUAUUGCAGCAGACAUCAAGGUCUUUGGAGGMAAGGCUGGGGAGGCAAUCUGUGAGGCAGCCAAGGUUGAAGGGGCCCAUAUGAUAGUGAUGGGGUCUAGAGGAUUAGGUGCUCUACGCCGUACUAUCUUAGGAAGUGUCAGUGACUAUGUUUUGCAUCAUGCUCAUAAACCAGUCAUCAUUAUUCCAAAGAAAUGAACAGUCCAUGUGAAGCCCAAUUUAACAGUACUGUAUUGACAUCCAUAGGGCUUAGAAAUCCUUUUKAUUCACCCCUGCUUUCUUUAUGCAUUGUAUUCUAGCAACUAAUAAAAUGUAUUUGAUGAAAUAAGA